AGAUGACUCUUUAAAACAAUCAAAUUCAAUCUGAAUAAACUUAAUUCAAUGUGAUUUUACCUGUAACAGUAUUAAUAAUUCAGAAAUGUGUUAAUUAGUAUGUGAUUUUAUGGCAGAAUAGUAGGCCUACUACUAAGAAAAAUAACUGUAUGUGUAGUAUAACUAUGACUAAUACUAGCUUUGUGGAUCCAGAACAUUCUCCAGUCUAUGAAAUGUAGUUUACUUGUUUUUCGAUCAAGUAUACAAAUGAACUCAUCUUACUUUUUGAAUGUAGUCUGUUUUGAAUAUAAUUGUAUGUAUCUGUUGUUUCACUUGUGGUAACUGAUGCUACUAGUCCUCUAGGCUGGUAAAUAUGGCCACUGAUAGCACCAACAACACCUACUCUCAGUACCCCCCAGCCCAGUAUGGCAAUUAUGGAAAUGGGAACACCUCUGUGGUCCCCCCAAAGAUCACCCCAGGAGGCCAUGAUAACCAGGCGUAUGACAUGCCUCCAGAAUAUGGGCAUUGGAACAAUGAUAGCAGAGGAAACAUCUGUGUGGUCACCUUAGAAGGGCCUGAGAACCAGGCGCCACCACCAGACUAUGAUCAAGUAUCAGAGGAAACCAACUGUUUUUCAGAUGCGUCAAUCAGAAGAGGUUUUGUGAGAAAGGUCUACUUUACUCUGACAAUUCAGCUGUUGAUCACUGUUGGAAUAAUCUGUGCUUUCCUGUACUGGCAUGAUCUGAAGAUAUGGACACUGAAGACCAGCUGGUUCCCUCUGGCCAUGAUGCCAGCAACUUUUGUUCUCAUCAUGGUGCUAGCUUGCUGUGGUGAAAUUCGUCGAAAAGUACCCUUGAAUUUCAUAUUCUUGGGCCUGUUUACAAUUGUAGAAGGUCUCAUGCUCGGAUCAGUUACUGUGUAUUACAGUGCUGAGGCUGUGCUUUGGGCUGCUGGAGCCACAGCAUUUGUGUGCUUUACACUGACCCUGUUUGCUAUGCAGACCAAAUGGGACUUUACUAGGUGCAGUGGCCUUCUGUGGGCUCUGGCUUGGUCACUGAUCUCCUUUGGAAUCCUAUGUGCCAUUUUCCGAUCACAGUAUCUCAACAUUGUGUAUGCUUGUCUGGGGACUACAGUCUUUUCUGCGUACCUGGUGAUGGAUACCCAGCUGAUGUUAGGUGGAAAACACAAAUACAGCUUAGACCCAGAAGAGUACGUCUUUGCAGCUUUGAAUCUUUAUUUGGACAUAGUCACACUGUUCCUGUUGCUACUUCAGUUGAUUGGACUCUGCCGCUAGAGCAGGCCUCUGUUAAGUAUGCCUGCUCUUUCAUAUCUCCAAAGCACUGUUUUAUGAACCAUUUAAGUCAGUUUUGUGUUGCACUGUCAUACAACAUAUGCCAUGUGUUUUUGUAUACAAACCAUUCAAUGUUAAUGCUGUAACUGUAUUAAUUAUACUUUGAAGUGUUUUUGUUCUUUUAGUACAUCGUCAAUUAUCUCUAUGUUGAUGUAACAGUGAGCAUGUAUUUGUAGUGUCAGGCUAAGCUCUCUUUGUAUGGCAGAGUUCCCUAUUCUUUCUCAGGUUAUACAUUGAAAGGAAGUGGCCAUAAUCAAUACCUGUGUGAACGUGGCCAUUUGAACAUCAUGUGGAUGGAAAUCAACACAUGCAUUGUCAGUUGGGUUUUGUUCAAUACAGUCAGUUACAAUACAAUUACAUCAAUACAGAAAUUAGGGAAAUGAAACAAAAAUCAUGUCACAUUCAGCUGCUGAAAUCAAUAAUAUAUUUCAAACCUUCACACAUAUUUUGUACUAUUUUGCAUUAAGAACAGGCUUUUGCAUCCUUGUGUCAUCUGUGCUAUCUGUAUGUGUCCAACAAUACCCAUGCAUUUGUGUUCAUGUAUAAUUAAAUAUCAGAAUGCUGAAAUAUUCACCUGUGUUAUGACAUACGUAUAUGUGGAAGUAUGUCUCCCCAAACAUAGGAUACAUAUUUCGCAUUUAUCCACCUUGUGAACUUA